AUGGCCUCUUCUACUACUCCAUUGGUCUUUGAGUCCAAUGCAUUGUACAUCGCCAUCCUUGACCGGGGAGAUACAUAUCUCUUCCACUGGGAACUUUACCUUGCAAAGACAGCGACAGAAGGAAUAGUCUUCCACGUCACCAAUGACACGGAUAAGACGACUUGGGAGUACAAGCAAACAUCAACGAGCGAGAUGCCCCAACUCCGCCGACUGCUACUGGCACUGAAGAUCGGGUCGGUGGAGCCGGUCCUACACAACGCAUUAUCAAAUCGACUCGCCUCGAUUACACUCUCUCCAUUUUCAUCACGAUUCAGUGAGCAUCUGAACUGCCGGGUCUGGGUGAAGGAGGCAUUGUUCGUCAUGGAUGAUGAGGGGUAUGUCAAUUUGAGCAAAGGCCCGGGUGAGAUUGAGGAGGAAGCGAGAUAUCUCGCUAUGCUGAAUAAGAGUAAAUCCGAGCGCAAGGUGAUUCGGAGUAAGAUGUGCAUGUCUUGA